AUGAGUGGCUUAUCGAUGCAACCCUUUUGCCAGUAUAUAGACAUGCGGUCCCUAUUGAUGACCACAAGAGGACAACUAUUAAUGUUAGUAAUCGUAUUGGCGCUGACCUGUUGUGCACAAGAAGUGAUGUCUUCGCCGCGUUGUGUGGCUCUCUGUCACCGAUCGGAAGCCGACUCCCUGUGCAAGAGAUGUAGGUUUAGGGAACCGAUGAGGUUUGGCAAGCGCUCAGACAAACAGUCAGUCUUCAGAGAGCCCAUGAGAUUUGGCAAACGGGUCAACAGUUAUGGAUAUCAACACAAAAGAUCCGUCACUUCAUUGCCAUUACUGAGACUAUUAAUGUCGAGAAUUGAAGACAAGUUGAGUCCCGAUUGAGAAAACACUAAAUAAUUAUUUUAUUUUCAUUGCCAUUCAUAUCAUUAUUAUUUCAUAGAUUUUUAUUUAUACACAUUAUAAACGCAU